AUGAAGCCUGUGCUGUUUCUUCAACUUCUGCUGUUGAUUCACUUAGCACCUCAGCGGGUGUCUGGGAGUCCCAAGCAACAUUUUAUGAGGAGUAUCUUGGAACCGCCACCCUGCAAAUCAGACCCUGAAAACUGUACUCAUUUCUGUACAUUGCAGGAAGACUGCCAUAAAGGAUUUCAGUGCUGUUCUGCCUUCUGUGGGAUAGUCUGUACUCUAAACAUAAAUAUAAACCAUGACAGAAUGUUUGCUCUCCCCAACCCUACAACCUGUCCUCUGGAGAACCGUUCCCCUCGACUGGCCACUACUGCUCUGGAGGAGCUGGUGUUGGCUGGGAAGCUCAAGUGA